AAAUAACACAUUUUCAUUGAGUUUCUCAUGUUUGGUGUUCCUGGAGCGGGUAGACUAGAGAGUGAGAUACACCCUAUCAGAUAAUUAAACCCCAUUUCUACACUUCACCAUGAAUUGGGGAUCUACUCUACAAAUUUUGCUCUUAAUUUUAGUUUCCUUGCUGUUUGAUGGAUCUAUUAGCUCGUCAACGCAGUUCAAAAUUGAUCCUUCAAAAGUCAAACAAAUUUCAUGGAAACCCAGAGCAUUUGUUUAUGAAGGGUUUUUAACUGAUGAAGAAUGUGAUCAUUUGAUUUCAAUUGCGAAAUCGGAAUUGAAAAGGUCAGCUGUAGCAGAUAAUGAUUCUGGAGAGAGCCAGCUUAGUGAAGUUAGGACUAGCUCUGGUGCUUUCAUAAAUAAGGCCAAGGAUGAAAUUGUUGCAGGUAUCGAGCAAAAAAUUGCAAUGUGGACAUUCCUACCAAUAGAGAACGGCGAAGACAUACAAGUUCUCAGAUAUGAGGAAGGACAGAAGUAUGAGGCCCACUACGAUUACUUUGUCGACAAGGUUAAUAUUGCUCGUGGUGGCCAUCGUUACGCAACUGUCCUUAUGUAUCUAUCUGACGUUAAGAAAGGUGGUGAAACGGUUUUCCCAAAUGCAGAGCUGUCGGAACGCCAAAAGGCGUCUAUUGCAGCAAGUGAUGAUAUUUCCGACUGUGGGAAGAGAGGCAUUGCUGUGAAACCAAAGAAAGGGGAUGCUCUAUUGUUCUUCAGUCUGUACCCGAAUGCAGUUCCCGAUCAGAUGAGUCUUCAUGGAGGCUGUCCUGUGCUCGAGGGUGAGAAAUGGUCAGCAACCAAGUGGAUUCAUGUCGACAAUUUUGAGAAAAUCAUCACGGAUGGUUGUACCGAUAACAAUGACAAUUGUGAGAGAUGGGCUGCUCUCGGUGAGUGUAGCAAGAACCCAGAAUAUAUGGUCGGAACUGCUGAUCUUCCGGGUUACUGCAGACGGAGUUGCAAUGUCUGUUAGUUUAUACUCUUAAUAUCAUCUCACAAAGAUAUGGCACUUGUAAUUUUCGAUAGACCGCUAGACGUACUUCAUAUGUAAUGGCAUCCUUAUUUAUAGACGGGCUAUGUUGCUAACUUUUCUGCUUUCAACAUAACAAAACUCUAAAUGAACCCGUAAAAUACCUUUUCCAAUUUGUAAUUCCGACAAUGCACACAUAUAGAAAAGAAAUUUUAAGUUACCGUCACUUCAAUCCUAA